AUGGUGAAAAGAGAGAGAGAGAAGUGUGGUGAGGAGAGCUGCGCGAUCAUCGCACGCAACACAGGAGCUCUCCCGACGGACGUACCCGAACUUGCCGUUCCUGAAGAGGACGGCGCUGGCUGCGGUCCUCUGGUGCUCCUGUGCCCGCUUCCGCUCGAGCAGCCGGAACUGGAGCUGCUGCUUUUCUGCAAGGAGGCACCAAAGAGUGAGCCUUUCUCGUGUGGCAUCGGCGGCGACCGCGACCGAGCGCGCGACAACUCACAGGAGCUCAUCGCCGAUUUCCUGGCCCUCAACGCCUCCCAAUGCGAUGCCACUCUCCCAAUCGAAGAUGUCAGCUUGGCGACCACCUCGGUGUUUGGCAGCCAACUCCGCCGGUUAUCGACCAGCGCGGGAGUCAAAGGUUCCGACGUGUCCGAUGAUCUGCGCAUCCACGACUCCGAGACUGUGCGCAACCACAUCAAGAUCGUGUCCAUGGCCAAGAAACAGGAGGAGGAGCAGCUGUACAAGCAGGCAGGCCUGGUGACUCUGCGAAGGAAGGGCGUGCAGCUCUUCCAGUAUAUCUACUACAAGGACCAGCUCCCGCUCUCACUGCCACCCGAGGAAAUGGAGCAAGUGGUCAACUCCGUGGUGUCGUCUCCGCAAGAGGACCACGAGAGCUGCCUCAUCGCCUCCAAGAUCCUCAUCAAGCUGCUGGUGGACAUGUACUGCAGCGACGGCGAUGCGGCGUCGCGACUGCUGCUCUCCCUGCUCUUCGAGAUGCUCGAGAGCUCACAGACCCACACCAAGGUCCACGCGUUCAAUCUGCUGUGGAACCUUUCGAUCCACAUGAACCUGCUCGAGGAGAUCGCCACCCUCCCCGAGGAAGGCGGCGAGGGUGGUGGCCGGGAGACGGACGCGUACAAGCGCAUCCAGGCGAUCCAGGAGGACCUGUUCGCCGUGGUCAAGGAGAUGCUCCUCUUCCUCUUCCACAAGGGCGAGAAGGACGAAAAGGCACCACACCCCACCACCACACCUCGCCAUGCUCAUGCGUCCUUGCUGGGCUCGCUGGACCCGCGAAUCCUACCGACGAUCAUCACCAGCAUCGAGACCCUCUCCGACGAGAUGUACAGACAACUCAUGCGCUGCUUCGUCAACAUGCUAUAUACGGACAAGCAGGAGCUCAACGUGAAGUUGCUCCUGCGCGCAUGCCCCGGCGGGAUCUCGUGGAUCAUCCGCCACUACGUCCGGUGUCGCUCCGACGUCGUACGAGGCAACCUCUUCACUGUUAUUUUCCACUAUAUUCUGUACAAAAUCAAACGAACACACGACACACACUGA